GAGAGGGAGGGAGUGUACGGUAAAACAGUCCACCUGAGGUAUAGAGAGAGGGAGGGAGUGUACGGUAACACAGUCCGCCUGAGGUAUAGAGAGAGGGAGGUAGUGUACGGUAAAACAGUCCACCUGAGGUAUAGAGAGAGGGAGGGAGUGUACGGUAACACAGUCCACCUGAGGUAUAGAGAGAGGGAGGUAGUGUACGGUAAAACAGUCCACCUGAGGUAUAGAGAGAGAGAGAGAGGGAGUGUACGGUAACACAGUCCGCCUGAGGUAUAGAGAGAGAGAGGGAGGGAGUGUACGGUAAAACAGUCCACCUGAGGUAUAGAGAGAGGGAGGUAGUGUACGGUAACACAGUCCACCUGAGGUAUAGAGAGAGAGAGAGGGAGGGAGUGUACGGUAACACAGUCCACCUGAGGUAUAGAGAGAGGGAGGUAGUGUACGGUAACACAGUCCGCCCGAGGUAUAGAGAGAGGGAGGUAGUGUACGGUAACACAGUCCACCUGAGGUAUAGAGAGAGAGAGAGGGAGGGAGUGUACGGUAACACAGUCCACCUGAGGUAUAGAGAGAGGGAGGUAGUGUACGGUAACACAGUCCGCCCGAGGUAUAGAGAGAGAGAGAGAGAGAGAGAGAGGGAGUGUACGGUAACACAGUCCACCUGAGGUAUAGAGAGAGAGAGAGGGAGGGAGUGUACGGUAACACAGUCCACCUGAGGUAUAGAGAGAGGGAGGUAGUGUACGGUAACACAGUCCACCUGAGGUAUAGAGAGAGGGAGGUAGUGUACGGUAACACAGUCCGCCCGAGGUAUAGAGAGAGAGAGAGAGAGAGAGAGAGAGGGAGUGUACGGUAACACAGUCCACCUGAGGUAUAGAGAGAGAGAGAGGGAGGGAGUGUACGGUAAUACAGUCCACCUGAGGUAUAGAGAGAGGGAGGGAGUGUACGGUAACACAGUCCGCCCGAGGUAUAUAUAUAUAGAGAGAGAGAGAGAGAGAGAGAGAGAGAGAGAGAGAGAGAGAGAGUGUACGGUAACACAGUCCCCCUGAGGUAUAUAUAGAGAGAGAGAGAGAGAGAGAGAGAGAGAGAGAGAGAGAGGGGGGGAGUGUACGGUAACACAGUCCCCCUGAGGUAUAGAGAGGGAGAGAGAGAGGGAGUGUACAGUACAGUCCGCCUGAGACCCAGCUUCAUUGUGACAGAAAAGCCAUUCCGGAGAGCAUGUGCGAACAGAAGGAUCUAGUGUUUGAGGGCUUUUUGAAGAAAAGGAAAGACCGAAUGAAAUUGACAUGGUCAACCUACUGGUUCAGGCUUCAAAACACCACCUUGUUUUUCUACACAAAGAAGAAAGUUGAUGCUUCUCACCUGAGAGGGCAGUACUACAUACACACGGUGCAGUCGGUGCGUGAAGUGAAAGCUGACAGACAGUACCUGUUUGAAAUCACAAUGAAAAACGGGAAGAAGAAGCUGCUGUCUGCAGAGACAGAGGAGCUCCGGGCACUGUGGAUGAAGUUCCUGUGGAAAGCCAUGCAGCUUCCAGGACCCGGGAGAAUACAGUCUGCCUGCACGUGGCAUGACAUUCCUGAUCUGAUGCAGAAAGCUGCUCAGAGCACGCAGAGCAGUUCCGAUGAAGACAGGCUGAGCUCUGCCUCCUGCUCCUCGGACACUCCAGAGCCCCUCGCCCCCCCUGGGAGCUCAGCUGCCACAGGCUGCAGUUGUGAUGUCAGGAAGAGUCAGGGUUCGAGCAGCUUGUCGUCCUCCGAUUUAGACCGUGAGAACAUUCCGCCACAGAGAGCUGAAGAGGAUCGCCUGUCCACAGAACUGGAACAAUUGGAUGUUUAUGAUUUUCCGCUGUCCAAUAAGGCUGUCGAUGAUGAAGACAGGAGUACAGCAAACAGAAUGGACGCUGAAAGCAUCUACGAUGUUCCGAAGAGUUUGUUAGAGCACUCCACUGAAGAAAGCAGCAGCACCAGCACCCCACACAGUGAAGCCCAGGCGAAUGACCCACUCUAUGAUGAAGAUGGCAUCUAUGACAUACCCACAUCACUUUCAAGUCAUUUAACAUCACACCAGCCCUUUACAGAUACCCAAUCAGCUAUUGAAGGCAUGCAGCUGUUGGAUGAGAUUAAAUCAGAUUUAACCCUUUCCAGUGCCGGUUGGUUACAUGAUUAGCUGUGAAAGCUGACGAGUGAGAUCAUGUCACAUGAUCAUAUAGUGAGUUUUCUGUCAUUAAACAUAAGCAGUGUGGUAACAUCUAAAAUGAAUGAAGACUGAAUCAAAUGCAGAUGUUUCACAUUCACAUGCUGUGACUGAUUCCUUGUAUUCUUGUGCACCAAAUAAUAAAAAACUCACUUUACAAA